ACUGAAAGGGUUGGUUUUUCCUUGAGGGGGAACGAUGACUGCAACGCACCGGAAACGGCGCGCUGAGAGGCCCGCGGGAGCGGCGGAGACGCCGCCUGAUGGCAUUGAAACGAAUGGGAAUUGUAAGUGACUAUGAGAAAAUCCGUACCUUUGCUGUAGCAAUAGUAGGUGUUGGUGGAGUUGGCAGUGUGACUGCUGAAAUGCUGACAAGAUGUGGCAUUGGUAAGUUGCUGCUCUUUGACUAUGACAAGGUGGAACUGGCCAAUAUGAAUAGACUUUUCUUCCAACCUCAUCAAGCAGGAUUAAGUAAAGUUCAAGCAGCAGAACAUACUUUGAGGAACAUUAAUCCUGAUGUUCUUUUUGAAGUACACAACUACAAUAUAACCACAGUAGAAAACUUUGAACGUUUCAUGAAUAGAAUAAGUAAUGGUGGGUUAGAAGAAGGAAAACCUGUUGACCUAGUUCUUAGCUGUGUGGACAGUUUUGAAGCUCGAAUGACAAUAAAUACAGCUUGUCAUGAGCUUGGACAAACAUGGAUGGAGUCUGGGGUCAGUGAAAAUGCAGUUUCAGGGCAUAUACAGCUCAUAAUUCCUGGAGAAUCUGCUUGUUUUGCGUGUGCUCCACCGCUUGUAGUUGCUGCAAAUAUUGAUGAGAAGACUCUGAAACGAGAAGGUGUUUGUGCAGCCAGUCUUCCUACCACUAUGGGAGUGGUUGCUGGGACCUUGGUACAAAAUGUGUUAAAGUUUCUGUUAAAUUUUGGUACUGUUAGUUUUUACCUUGGAUACAAUGCAAUGCAGGAUUUUUUCCCUACUAUGUCCAUGAAGCCAAAUCCUCAGUGUGAUGACAGAAAUUGUAGGAAGCAACAGGAAGAAUAUAAGAAAAAGGUAGCAGCACUGCCCACACAGGAGGUUGUUCAAGAAGAGGAAAAGAUAAUACAUGACGACAAUGAGUGGGGUACUGAGUUGGUAUCUGAGGUUUCAGAAGAGGAACUGAAAAAUUCUUCAGGUCCAAUUCCUGACUUACCUGAAGGAAUUACAGUGGCGUAUACAGUUCCCCAAAAGCAAGAAGAUUCUGUACCUGAAGUAACAGUGGAAGAUUCUGGUGAAAGCUUGGAAGACCUCAUGGCCAAGAUGAAGAACAUGUAAAUAAUGGACUGGCCUGUAUUUUAUUUCCUGUGUCUAAACCUGUUCCCUAGCAAUUAAAAACAAAAUCAUUUAAAACUGAGAAAACUGAGGGCAACAUCAGUUGACGUAUAAUCUUCACUGAACUGUUAUACUGUUUAAAAAUACUGUGACUAUUGCUUGUUACU